UCCGUGAACGUAACACCUAUUACAAACAACGGUCCAGUCCGCUCGAACAGUGCCUGCUAACGGAUAAUAUAUUUGAAAAUGCCGGUCGAUUUGAGCCAGUGGUCCGGGCCUCUCGCCCUGCAGGAGGUUGAUGAAAAACCUGCGAAGCCUCUGACAAUUAAAUACGGUUCUGUGGAAAUCAACGAGCUCGGGAAUGUGCUCACUCCAACUCAGGUGCAGAACCGACCCACGUGCAUCGAGUGGGAAGGAUGUGACCCAAGUAAACUGUACACGCUGGCCAUGACAGAUCCUGACGCUCCCAGCAGGAAAGACCCCAAGUUCAGGGAGUGGCACCACUUUCUGGUGGUCAACAUGAAGGGGAAUGAUGUGUCUUCUGGCUGCGUCUUGUCAGACUAUGUGGGCUCUGGUCCUCCUAAGGGCACAGGUCUCCACAGGUACGUUUGGCUGGUGUACGAGCAGCCCGGCAGCCUGUCCUGCUCCGAGCCCGUCCUCACCAACUGCUCUGGGGACGGUCGUGGUAAAUUCAAGCUCCAGACCUUCAGGAAGAAGUACAACCUGGGAGCGCCAGUGGCAGGAACCUGCUACCAGGCCGAGUGGGACCACUACGUGCCUAAACUGUACGAACAGCUGGCUGGAAAAUAGAGGGAAGACCCUUUAAUCGAGAGGGAGAGAUCCUGCCGAGCCUUUUUGUUUUAUUAAAAGUUUUCAGUUUGA